GAAAAUGUAGUGAACGCAGUUAACUGUUUAGCUAAGAGAUGCGCCACGGCUCCAGUAGGAACCGGCUGUCCGCUGCUGCUUGAGAGGCGCCAGUACCUUCCCCAGGAGCUCAAAGCGGCCGGCUGGCCCCUGCUCCACGGUAACCAUGUGCAACCGGAAGGCGGUGAUCAAAACUGUAGACAUGUCGGAAGAGAUGCAACAGGACUCGGUGUUGUGCGCUACUCAGGCGUUGGAGAAGUACAGCACAGAGAAGGAUAUUGCGGCCCAUAUCAAGAAGGAGUUUGACAAGAAGUACAACCCCACCUGGCACUGCAUUGUGGGCCGGAACUUCGGUAGUUACGUGACAUACGAAACCAAACACUUCGUCUACUUCUACCUGGGUCAGGUGGCCAUUCUUCUCUUCAAAUCCGGUUAAAAGCGUGGACUGUGCCAAACACCCAGUGUUCCAUCGGAAAACAAGGACUGCAGCCUAAAUGUCAAAUACCAGAGACUGACUCUUCAGCCCUGCUAAGGGAACACCUCAUUUGAAUCCGCUGUGUGAAGGGCCAUCACUCUCUGUGCAAGUUUGUAGUUAUAAAAUUAGUGAAACAGC